CAUAUCAAUAACCCAAUAACCCUCCGCUGUCCGAGUCCUCUGCGGAACACGCGGAUCACCUCCCACAGGUGGGUUGGGUCUCGUUCGUCGCUCGAAUCUUUAUUGGUGACGUUUCCUCCAUAAACCCGUCAAUCUCUUACUGAUGGUCCACCCCCGCUUACAGUAUGUGAAGCAUUUCGCUUAUUUACAAGAUACAGUAUUAUAUAUUCUGUCUCUGCGGUGAGUUGUGAAAAAUGAUUAGAUUUCACAUACAGAUAAUGCAAAUUUGAAUUAAUUACUGGCCAAUUGCAUGCUCUUAAUGAAGCUAGAUGCUCAUAUUACAUAUAUCAGAUAUGAUAUGAACUAUGAGCUUCAGUUUUGCAUAUCUGCCACUGCCUGACGUAUGUGGUGUAGGCUAGGCUACUGCAGCUCAGAGUUCAUUUUGUGAACUCUAGACUCUUUCAUUUUGAAUCUCCCUUCAGUGGGUAGUGGUUGGUCCAUUAACCUUACACGAACUAAACUGACCCAUCCCUUCAAGCCCCACCACACCAUAUGACCUGUGAGGGACCAACGGUGCUGUAAGGGUGCUACCAUACAGUACGUGUACAAUGCCGGGACAUCAGGGGGAAACCAGAAGGACUAGAGCUGCACAGGAAUGGGAGUCUCCAGGUUACGAGUCACCACUGCCUGUCACGGAGAAAUCCAAUCCACUGUCCCGUGACAUAGACAGGGCGGGACCUCAGCAGAUUGUGCGUGUCCUGCAGGAGUGUGAUGCGGAGGUAUUCCAAGGGGACCUGCAGACAGACGCAGAGUAUAAGAGACUCUACAGUGAGUCUGUGGUACAGAUUCUGGUGAAUGUGGCUAAGAGGGUGAAAACUAUUCUCAAGGAACCAGAGAAUAGUUUAAUUGUCCUCAGUGGCUGUGGAACAUCUGGCCGGAUUGCUUUUCUUCUAUCGAACACAUUCAAUAGGAUACUUGCAAGGCAUCAGCAAAAGCCAGUCUACUCUUACACUAUUGCUGGAGGUGAUAAGGCACUGCUGACCUCCCAGGAGGCGCCAGAGGACUCUCCCUCACUGGGAGCACAAGUGCUAGAGGAGACAUGUGCUGGAAAGAAGCAUGUUCUCUUCAUUGGAAUUUCCUGUGGUCUAUCAGCACCAUUUGUUGCUGGCCAGCUCGACUUCUGCUUGAACAAUUUGGACAUUUUCACACCGGUUCUGAUAGGAUUCAACCCUGCACACAUGGCAAGGGCUGAGCCCAUACAAGGGUGGCCGCAUACUCUCAGAGAGGUCACAGAGAGGAUGCUGGACUUGCAGAGGGGUCAGAGAGCCUUUGUUCUAAACCCAGUGGUUGGGCCCGAGGCCAUCAGCGGCUCAUCUCGAAUGAAAGGAGGCACGGCCACAAAGGUCUUGCUGGAGAGCCUCCUCCUGCUGGGGCAUAGGGCAGUUCACCGCCACAGUGAGAUCAAUCACCAAGCUGUGUUGGAUUGCAUAAGAGAUUAUGAGACGGUUCAUGAAAUGACAUACUCUAAGACUGAGGAAUUGGCUGAUGUGAUUGGAACAGCUGGAAUUAGCCUACAAAACCAGGGGCAUGUUUAUUACCUAGGCUGGAAAACUCUGGGAAUUAUGGGAAUCAUCGACGCGAGUGAGUGCAUUCCCACGUUUGGAGCAGACUUUGAGGACAUUCGAGGUUUCAUGAGUGGGGGUUUCAGUGAAAUGAACAACAAAGAGGGAGACUUGUCCUCUCUGGGUCCACAGUUCUGUAUCGACCAGAAGGACUUUUUGAGCACCAUUUUGCCCAAUCUGGGAGAGAACGACACAGUUAUCUUCAUAUUUACUGUGGAUGAGGAUUUUGCUGAUGUUGAGAAACUAGCUGGUCAAGUGAAAAGUAAGACCUCAAACCUACAAGCAAUUUGUCAUGAACAUGGAGGCUGCAGAUUCCCUGUGAACAUCAACAAUAUCUUUGCCUCCAAAAUCCUCAGAAUUACUUGGACUUCAUCAGCUGGUGAUGCAGAGGAUGGUUUCUUCAUGAGGCUUCAGUGGGAGCUCUCCACUAAAUGGAUCCUGAAUGCAAUCAGCACAGGCGCUCACAUCCUGAAGGGAAAAGUCUACAAGAACUACAUGAUAGACCUCAAGGUCACCAACAGCAAGCUGUACAGAAGGGCCAUAGGCAUGCUUCAGAGGUUUACAGGCUGUUCGUGGAUGCAGGGAGAGAGAGCCCUCCUGAGAGCUCUCUACAGAGUGGAGGAGCUCACCGAGGAGAUGAUCACAGCGGACGUCAGCAGACACACUCAGGCGGCCAAUGCAAGCGACAAGGUGGUUCCGACCGCUCUGGUGGUCCUCCAGACAGGCUGCUCGGUGUCCGAGGCCCAGGCCCAUCUGAGGGAGGGUUCUGUGGUCAGGGACGCUGUGGAGGCAUGCCUGACCUCAGGACGCCACUGACUGCACUCCCACACUGAAAUCAUCUGACAGCUGUUUAAAGAUUCUCUUUGUCAUGAUCUCCUCUAAUAGUUAUUCAUUAUUAAUGACUCAAUUGCAACCAGUGAUAUUCUUAGUGUACUUUGAAGAUAAAUGUGUCAGUAGCAACAUAAUUGUAUAUUUAAAAAUGUGGGGGGAAAAAAAUUAAAACUAGAAUGAAUAUACUGCAUCUUGACAGGACUGCUUGUUAUUUUCAUUACAUUGAUAUGAAAAUUAGGUUUAGUUGUACUCUUUGUGGUAUUUAAAAAAAUAAUAUGCUGUAUUAUAUUCAUGUAUAGUGUAAUGUAAUUGUACAAUUUACAACAUGUGUUGCUUAUGCUUAAGAAAUAAAUACCACUAGAUCAGUAGAUUACACUGACACAUUAAACAGUCACUGAAUCAGUAUAUUCUAACAAGACUGUAAAUGAAAAAAGUACUCAACAUAACGUCAGGAUACCUGUGAAAGUAGUCAUUCAGUACUGUCUGUUACAGUAGCUGAGUAGUAAAAAGGAUUAAAACAGGAUGUAUCUGUACAACCCAUGGUUAAACGCAAAGCCCACAGUAUUAAGAAGGUCUUAAUACCAGGGCCUUCAUUGCUUAUUCAUAACUUAAGAACUGUCAGAAUUAUGGAGCAGAAUAAAACAGAGCACUGUUGGCUUCA